AUGGGUGAAAACGAGGCUAACGGCUACUCGAGUUCCCAGUCGUCCUCCCCUAUUCUUCAUCCAUUGAAGCGAGCUCGUCCAUCUGACUACAACGGUGAAGACAUGGAAGUUGACGACUACAUCACGAUAAAUAUGAUGGAAGGAACCAGUGACGGACUCUCAGGUUAUCAAUAUCUUGAACAUCCAGCCGAUGUGCAGGUGCAUUCGUGGGGUCCAGAUCUGGCAUCAGCCCUUGCACAAGCUGUGACUGCGACUUAUGGUUAUAUGACCGAUCUGGAACUUGUCGAGGAACAAUUCUCAAUGUUCUACACAGCUAAGGCCAAUGAUAUGCAAGGACUAGUGUGUGCCAUAAUGGAGGAAGCUCUUUGUGGGUUCCAGUCUGAGCCCUUUUUCGUAGGACGACGAGUUAUCGUAGAAAAAUUGGAUUUGGAGACGUGGUCGGCUGAGUUUCAAGUGUUUGGAGAGUGUUUCGACUUGGAAAAGCAUACUCAACUCACCGACGUGAAAGCUAUUACCUAUUCAAAUAUGCAAAUUCAUCAAAAGGAUGACCGAUGUGAUAUUUAUGUUAUUCUUGACAUUUGA